ACAAUUCAAAAGGUCUUCAAAUUCUAGUUUUGUAUUUGCGCGAUUUGAAUUUGAGAUCUAGUUAAAAUAUAUUUGACUAUAUAAAAAAAUAAUACUUUUAAUAAAUUCAUAAAAAAUAAAAUGAGUGACUUUCUUAAAUCUGAACUGGAGAAGGCUGAACAAUGCCUUUUGGAAACUUAUGAAUUAGCUGAAUCUUAUGGGGAUAAUGAGGAAAAAGAUAAAAGCAAAUAUUUGCAACUGAUGGAACAAAUAUGUCAAAUUAGAGACGACGCCAUUCGUAAUGAAGACGCAUUGAAAGUGGCUAUGGAGGAACGUACCAUUGCGGAUUUUGAAUCAGCCUUUGAAGGAACAAUAAAUCGUGCCGGUAAAAAAUUCCAAGCUAAAAAAACUCGAGAAUAUAAAGCUUUCUCUGAUCGUUUGGAGGACAUAUCCAGAAGUGCAAGAGGCGAUACUUUACCUUCAACCACAAAAAAAGACGGUGCUUUAAUAGAAAUGGACAUGCAAGUGAACAUAAAUGAUCCCAUAACAAAAAAACGAAUGGUAGAUCCUGUAAAAAAUACAAUCUGUGGACAUAUCUAUGAAAGGAGCAGCAUACAAGACGCAAUACAAAUUAAACCAACACUUCGUUGUCCUGUUGCUGGCUGUGGGAACAAACAGUAUAUUAAUAUGGCACAUUUAAGGCCAGACAAUGCGCUAAAAUUACAUCUACAACGGAUAGCUGAGGGUGAAAACGACAACGAUUCUGAUACCAAUGCUUGAUUUACUUUACUUUUUGGUUAUCAAUGUAAAAUAGAUUAAGAAAAAUUUUCAAAUGUUU